UUCUAGCUCAACACAACCCAAAACGGCAUUAGUCCAUUAUACGAAGGUCUUGGGCCUUACACUCAGCUAGUCGAUGCCGCAAACAAGUGCCACGAGUCGUCGUACAGCAGCAGCCAUUAACAGCGAUCGGUCCAUCGGCAGCGGUCCACGUGCGCGAAGAUGAUGACCGAACGGCGGAGCGAUUUCGUGCUAAAGUCCGGCUAUAUGGUGAAACGAUCCCAAAACAAAAAACGCUUCACACCGGUCAACUACAAGACGCGCUGGUUCGAGCUGACGCGUUUCUAUCUGUCUUACUAUGAUAUUGGAAAUUUGGAGAAACGGCGCGAACGGGGCAGAAUCAGUGUGAAGGGAGUGCGGCUCGUGGAACCAGCUCUACUGCACGGUGAAGGCGGUGAUGCAGCAGCACCGGAUGGCUAUCCUUUUCAAGUAGGCUACUGCGAAAGUGACGGCAUCUUCCCUGGAACGACACUGCCACAGUAUACGCUGUAUCUGGUGGCGGAUAGUGAAAAGGAACGUACCGAGUGGAUCUCGUCGAUACGUAAAGUCUGUGAAGAGUAUAGCCCGAAGUCGUUCAGCUACCAUCUGGGACUUUGGCAGGGCAGGAAGUGGUCCUGCUGCCGAAGCUUAAAUCGACGAGCACUCGGAUGUCAGGUGGCAACGGUAUGGCCGGAGUACAACAAUAAUCCAAGUACUGGAAGCUCUCCUGCCCAAAAUUCUACCCGAAGUACCAGCCCCAACGUGCCGAACGGUCACCUGCCGUUGCCGCAGCAGCAAUCGCAGGUUCAUCCCCAGCAGCAGCAACUGCAGCAUCACUCCGGCACGGUGCCGGUGCUCCAGGCGCACCAGCAACAGGCACCACAGCCCACACAGCACCCGCCGCAGCAGCAUUCCCAGUCCCAUUCGCCCUCGCUGCAGCAUCCGGCUCAACAGCAAGUGCACCUACAGCAGCAGCAGCAGCAGCAGGCGGCCCUACAGGCAGUCCUCCAGCAGCAGCAGCAGCAACCGCCCCAACUGCAGCAGCAAACAUCGCAACAGUCAUCCCAUCAUCUUAAUAGCAGCUCGAGCAGCUUAGGCAACAUAACGCCCACCUUCGUCGCACAGCCACAGUCUCCGACUGUGAAUUCCUUUAAAACGGCGUCCCUCAACGGUGUUGGUUUGCACGUGAACGGAGGAGGGGAUUUAAAUAUGCCCGGUGGUCCAACAGUAACGCCUGGAACACCGAACACAAAGGCAAAGGAUGUAUCACCACGGGUGAAGAUCGUCGUUGCGCUCUACCCCUUCAAGGCAAUCGAAAGUGGUGAUCUUUCCCUCGAAAAGAAUGCCGAAUAUGAGGUGAUCGACGACUCCCAGGAGCACUGGUGGAAGGUAAAGGAUCAGCAUGGCACAAUCGGGUACAUUCCGAGCAACUACGUCAAGGAGAAGGAGCUGCUCGGAUUGCAAAAGUACGACUGGUACGUGGGCGAUAUGUCCCGGCAGCGUGCGGAAUCGCUCCUGAAGCAGAACGACAAGGAAGGCUGCUUUGUUGUGCGCAAAUCGUCCACCAAGGGUCUUUACACACUAUCGCUACAUACCAAAGUACCACAAUCGCACGUGAAGCAUUACCAUAUCAAACAGAAUGCUCGCAGUGAAUUUUACCUAUCCGAAAAGCACUGCUGUGAAACGAUUCCGGAUUUGAUAAACUACCAUCGCCAUAACUCCGGUGGGCUUGCCUGUCGCCUCAAGACGUCACCGUGCGAUCGUCCAGUGCCACCGACGGCUGGUUUAUCUCAUGACAAAUGGGAAAUUCAUCCCUCGGAGUUGAUGAUCCUAGAGGAGCUCGGUUCGGGACAGUUCGGUGUGGUACGGCGUGCCAAAUGGCGUGGAUCGAUCGAUACGGCAGUGAAGAUGAUGAAGGUUGGCACCAUGUCGGAGGAUGAUUUCAUAGAGGAAGCAAAAGUUAUGACUAAACUUCAACAUCCCAAUCUGGUGCAGCUGUAUGGUGUUUGCUCCAAGCAUCGACCCAUCUACAUCAUCACCGAGUACAUGAAGCAUGGAUCUCUGCUGAAUUACCUACGAAGGCACGAGCAAUCGCUGAUUGGAAACAUGGGACUGCUGCUGGAUAUGUGUAUACAGGUCUGCAAGGGCAUGUCCUAUCUGGAGCGUCACAACUACAUACAUCGCGAUUUGGCUGCACGCAACUGUCUGGUCGGUUCGGAAAACACAGUAAAGGUGGCAGACUUUGGCCUGGCGCGGUAUGUGCUGGACGAUCAGUACACCAGCUCCGGUGGUACCAAGUUCCCCAUCAAAUGGGCCCCACCGGAGGUACUCAACUACACGCGAUUCUCCUCCAAGAGUGACGUUUGGGCAUACGGUGUGCUGAUGUGGGAAGUGUUCACGUGUGGCAAGAUGCCGUACGGUCGCCUAAAAAAUACUGAAGUUGUCGAACGUGUCCAGCGCGGCAUCAUACUGGAGAAGCCCAAAGCGUGCGCAAAGGAAAUUUAUGAUGUCAUGAAAAAAUGCUGGUCCCACAGUCCCGAGGAUCGUCCCGGAUUCCGAAUACUGAAAGAUCAGCUCGCUGCCGUCGCCCAAGGACUCACAGAUUAGAGAAUAGCCGUUCUUGAUUUGAUAGAGUGGCAUUUUACGUUUCGCUGGAUGCGUCUAAGUUUAAGCUAGUUCGAUAAGCUCCUAGCUCGAAAAUGUCUGAAGCGAUAACUAAGCGAUGGCAAGUGUUAAUCUCCUCUUUAAUCUUCCUUUGUUGGAUUACAAAUAUUUGAGUAUCUUCUUUUUUGUAAAAAAUAGUAUCUCUUGACGAGGUAAUUGGCAGCCCGAGUUGAUCUUGCUACCGUAAACCGUUUAUUUUAGCUUACCAUCUCUUAACGUAACCUUUUUACAGAGUUGCAGCAAGACACUGGGUGGAGGAAUUGAAAGUGAACACGAAGACAGAGUGCCAGAUUUAUAUGUUCUAGUAUACGUUUGGGUUCCGUGUGUACGGGUGAAGGCAUUGUGUGGUAUAAUAUCCGGUUGAUUUGCAGUAAGAGAAUGGGCGUUUGAAACAUUAAUGGAAGCAUUAAAAUGACUGAGCGAAGCUAAGAGCUGAAGUAGGAACGGAAGAUAGCGAAUACAAUAAUAAUGCGUGUGCGUAUACUUGCUUCCUAUGUGGCAAAGUCUGCAUCUAAAUACAUUACUAUCGUUAUAUCGUAAAGCUAUGAUAUACUAUCUAUAACAUACACAACUGCAACUGCGCUGCGAAUGCGACGGGUGGGCACAUGUUGGGAAUUUCGCGAGUGAUAUAAAGUGAUUGGAAGGGAGGCACACAGAGCAACACACGACAUCACAUGAUGCUGCGAGUAUUCCAACCGUUGUUGCGGUACUAGAUUAUGCAGGUAACCUAACAAAAACAUACACAAAAAACACAAAACCUAUCGUAACAUACCAGUUCUCUUAAACCUAAACAAAAGCGUGGAAAAUGUAAGGAAAAAGUGAAAUCAAACGUAUGCGGCGGAGCACCAUUGCUGUUCUUAAGCGCUGCUAAGCUAGAUUAACGAACUAAUCGCAAACCAGCAGCCACAAUGCUGCAUUGAUGGGAACAUUCUAGGAAAGUAUUUAAGUGAUAUUUAAGAUUAUAUUUACCUGUUUCCCCUUGCGCUGACAAACAGUACGUUUGUUUUCUCUGUUCUCAAUUUCAUCUCACGCGUAAGGGUGUAUUGUAUUGGAUAUGCAUUUCCUAUCCUGAGUUUACUUCAUUGUAUAUAGGUUACUGAUUUGGGAAAUGCGAAAUGAGCUGACUUAGUUAUUUUUCUCUUCUUUUAUUUAGUUAAUGUAACAAACUUCUCUUGUGCUCACAGUCCUGUGCUGUGGCUAACUUCUCACCUCAACCGUUAGCGAAAUGUAUCUUUCUCAUUUGAUUUACUUGAUAAUAGCGGUAAACGUUUGAUCAUUCAAUUUAGCAAAACACUUGCAAACGACAGUAGGGAUGAAAAUAGGAGCAAGUUGUCUGUGGUGUGACUACCAUGGAUAGAAUUAUGUUUUAUUAUUUAAUCAUCGUACUCGUUCGAUAGGAAUGGCAUGAGUGUACGUUUGCCCGAUAUGAUGAUACAACUUACCGAUGAAACUCAAACUAGUGGAGCGAUCCAUCAUCGUAGCUGGCAGAAGAGUGGUUAAGACUCCGCUUCUACUAAUACUAUUACUAUGAACUACUACUAUUACCUUUACUACUAAGCAAACCCGUUUAUAUCAAAUCAAACACGUACCGAUCGCUACGAUGCUGUUGAGCGAGGAACCGAAAUGCCAUUCGUUUUGUUUUGUUUGAUGUUCAGCAAAUAAUGCAGACACAAGUCAGAUCCAGGUCAACCAGUAGAGAUAUCGAUGGUUUGUAAUUUACGUCCGCUGAUGAUGGUGUUAAAUGGAUUUGAAAUCAACAUAGGAACAAAAACAAACGUAAUAUCCGCUAGGAGAGGGAUGUAACGGUGAGAUAGCAAUAUCGAUACGAAAGGUAAUAGUAAUAAUGCAAAGAAAAGAAUCACACACGAAACACACGAGAAUACCCAAUGCCGUUAAAGCGUUGGUAGUAUAAACUAGUAACUACAGUUAGCAUAGAUAUCAAAAUGUCAGCAUACGCGGUAAAAACAACAAUGCAGAAUACAAUAACAAAACCAUUUACGUGAAAGCAAGCUAAUCAGCUAAUAGUCGUUAAAACGUUUUUCGUUCGUUUGUGUUGAGUAGCGUACGAAGCAUUCGCAGGUAUCGAGGAAACAAAACUCAAACAAACUCAACGGAUAAGCGAGUAAGAAAAGAUAGGCAAAGAAACAGUAAAACAGAAAACAUAUGCAGUGGAUUAACUAUAUCAAAAGGAGCAAAAAACAACAAAAAAGAGCUAAUCUAAUUAUUGGCGGAGUAAUUGUAACGAACCCGAAGUGGACAGGCUCUGUUUAUGCAAAACAGGAAGUUUAACAACGCAUACUCAAACCGAUUGUCGUUUGGGAUUGCGGUGGAACAUUGCCGACCUGCAGAACAAUGCAAACCACUGUAGCGUUAGAGCGUUCGAAUGCAAAAUAAGGGUUUAAAAAAGCGGAGCAAAACAAAAUAUGCCGAUACCGAUGGAAAUCUUAUUGGAUAGAUGUCGAUCCAUUUUUUUUACACUACAAAUAAACAAAAAGCAAAAUGUCUUGUAUGAAA